GAAUUCCUCUGGAAUCCACCCUCAUUCCAGUCCCUCGGAAGGUUGAAGGGAUGCUCAGAUUCAAAUUGAGCUCAGGGGGGGCCAGGCAAGGACGAUUAGAGCAGAUAGAAUAUUUUGCUUCUCAGAGCUCCGUACGAGGCUUAUUGCCUCGGCGCCAUCUUGUGGAAAAGAAAAAAAAAAUGAUGGCAUGAUGGCAACAGUCUUGGACAGCAACGGCUCCCAAAGUGACCCAUUUAAGGUGGAAACAGGUGUCAAGCAGGGAUGUGACUUCAAGGAUGCCACCAUCAUCACCCUUUUCAAGAAAGGGGGCAGAACAGACUGCGGGAAUUAUCAUGGUACCUCCCUUCUAACCUCCGCUGGAAAAAUUCUUGCAAGAAUCCUUGCAAACCGCCUUCUCCCUGUUUCAGAAGACACGCUCCCAGAAUCCCAGAACGGCUUCUGUCCCUCCAGAGGAACAGUGGACAUGAUAUGCCGAUGACAACAUAGUCUGUGCGCAUUCAGAAGAAGACCUACAAGCCACUCACCUUUGCAGAAGCAUACAAAAAACUCAGCCUUCUCAUCGAGAAAACCAAAGUGCUCUUCCAACAGGCACCAGCUAAUCCCUCUGCAAUGCCAGGAAUACAACUUAAUGGUGUCACAUUAGAAAACGUUGACCAUUUCCGCUACCUUGGCAGCCACCUCUCCAGAAAAGUCAACAUUGACACUGAAAUACAACACCGCCUGAACUCUGCGAGUGCAGCAUUUUUCCGAAUGAAGCAGAGACUGUUUGAUGAUCAGGAUAUCCGUAGAGAUACUAAGGUGCUUAUUUAUAAAGCCAUUGUCCUCCCAACCCUGCUGUACGCCUGCGAAACGUGGACGGUCUACAGAUGUCACACUCAACUCCUGGAGCAUUUCCAUCAGCGUUGCCUCAGAAAAAUUCUGCAAACCUCUUGGGAAGAAGCAAAAAUCACCAGCAUUGAAGCGAUGCUCCUACGCCAUCAACUCUGCUGGACUGGCCACGUUGUCCGAAUGCCUGAUCACCGUCUCCCAAAGCAGUUGCUCUACUCCAAACUCAAGAGCGGGAAACGUAAUGUUGGUGGGCAGGAAAAGAGAUUUAAAGAUGGGCUUAAAGCCAACCUUAAAAACUGUGACAUAGACACUGAGAACUGGGAAGCCCUGGCCCUUGAGCGCUCUAAUUGGAAGUCAGCUGUGACCAGCAGUGCUGCGGAGUUCGAAGAGGUACGAAUGGAGGGCUUAAGGGAGAAAUGUGCCAAGAGGAAGGCCCGUCAAGCCAACCCUGACCGAGACCGCCUUCCAUCUGGAAACUGAUGUCCUCACUGUGGUAGAACAUGCAGAUCAAGAAUUGGUCUCUUCAGCCAUCUACGGAUCCAUCCCCAAGAUAGCAGAAAUGGAGGACCAUCAUCCUCGAACUAUGAGGGAUCGCCUAAGUAACUCAAAGACAUGUCAUCACAUAUAUGGAAGAUGCUGUGAGCCAGCUUCUGGAAAGCAGAGAAGAUAUUAGCCAAUAUGGUAUUGCCAGAUUCUUCACUGAAUACUUUAGCAGUGUGGGUCAAGGAACUCAUAUUUUGUUCCGAGAGUUCAGCUUUGUUCAAGCUACGCCGCAUAAUCGGGCAUCCUUUCUAAGGACCUUCUGGCGAUGUUUCAGGACAGUGGGGAAAAAUGGAGAUCUUCUGACAGCAAAGGAGUAUCAUUGCCUGCUGCAGUUGCUUUGCCCUGACUUUCCCUUGGACCUUACUCAGAAAGCAGCAAGGAUUGUUUUGAUGGAUGAUGCUGUAGACUGCUUGAUGUCUUUUUCGGAUUUUCUGUUUGCCUUCCAAAUCCAGUUUUACUACUCAGAGUUCCUGGAAAGUGUGGCUGCAAUUUAUCAAGAGCUCUUGACGGGUAAGAAUCCCAACACCGUCAUUGUGCCUACGUCAUCCUCAGGGCAACAUCGUUCACGCCAAGCUCUGACUGAGAGCAGCCCACUCGAUGGGGUGGAGGCACUUGUAUUUUACCAGUGCCUUGAGUCUCUAUGUGACCGGUCCAAGUACAGCUGUCCUCCAUCUGCUGUUAUCAAGGAAAUUCUGAGCAGCAUGCAGAGACUGACUUUCUAUGAAUUUCUGAUGGCUCUUGCAAAGCAUCAAGGGAUCAACAGAGCUCUUGGAGCCCUCCCAGACAAAGCUGAGCUGCUAGUUGACCCACUUAUGGAUCAGGAACUAGAGAAACUAAUAACCCAGGUAUCAGGGCUCUCUAUAUCCAACUCUGCCAAUGCUAGUGGGGAUAAUGCAAACUUGCCUUCCCGACCCCCUUCCCGGAUCAGUUCCCCAUGGAGGCCACUUCACCAUCGCAGGAAAAUUGAUGCUGAAAGUGAUGGCUCCACAGAAGAGACAGAUUCUUCUGAGAACUGAUGGACAGCAUGGGAGUGCUCACCCAUUCCAGGUCAUUGUGAUCAAAGUAAUGUGGGCUUUGAAGAAGAGGGAGAAGUAAGAAUGCAUGUACUUCUUUCCCCACCCAGUCUCAAAACAUUACUCAUAAGUCUCCCUCUUGAGAAGCCUGACAAUCUUUGCCUAAACAAAACAAAAGUUUCCUCUUGUAUAAUACUGGUAAAGGAAUAUUCAGUUAUGUACUGGGUAGACCUUAAAUACAGCUGAUUGCUGAUUACAGUUGCAAGAUUAUAUUGCCCUCUUGUGGCAAGCAAAUUAGUUCUUGCCUUAUAGCUGGAGUGUUUCUAUUUUACUUUCAGCUUUGAAAGAAUUAAACCUAAUUCUGAAACUGUGCUCCAUACAGCAUUUUCUUCAUCCUCAACCAGGAUAGAAGAAAACCUGACCAGGAGUCUGCAUUCAACAUAUAGCCAUGAUGUUGUAGCUCUGCUUUGUCCCCAUUUGAGCCCUGAAGCCCACCUUGAAAGCCAGUCAGCCAGAGAAAGCAAUGGGGAGGGAGUCUGUUCUGCUGGCAAAUCCUGCAGGAUGUGACCAGCCCUCACCCAUCAGUGAACUAAGUUGCAGUUAAGUUGUAACAGCCCCCUGCAAAUGGUGCUUCUUCUGCUUCUCAGUGUCACUUGCUGGAGGGUGUUGGUCAUUUGUCCAACAGUGACCCCAUUCACUGACAGUGUAAACCUUUUUUCCUCCAGACGGCAGGUUUUUAAGGUGGAGUUCAGGGUAAUUUCUACUUGGAGCAAUAGAAUUACAAAUGAGAACAUAAACCUGCCAGUGUCUAUAACUUACAAUCUCAACCUGUUUUUAAGAACAUAGCACCUUGACCCUUGCUAUCUAAAUUAGGCUUACUGUAAUUUUCCUGUAUGUGCCAUUUCCUACUUACUCUGACACCUUCCAGAAUCUCAGUUCAGUUUAAGACAAUGCUGCAUGAUCUUUGCAGAACAUCUCGAUAAGAGAAUUCUGUAUAUUGUGUGAAGGGUUUCUCACUGAUGGAUAAUUUUCAGCUCAUUCUUAUUGGCCUUUGUUUAGGAGACACUGGUAGAACGUUAUUUAUUAUUACUUUCUAAAUCUUUAAAAUGUGAAUGUGAACUAUAAUAAAGCAUGUUGAACAAA